AUGAAGUUAAUAUUAACACUACUACCUAUAUUGUUAACAUACAAUGUAUACGGAACGAAAGUGCCGUCGACCGUGCUGGAUUUGAAUGAUAAGUUCUUGGAAGUUAAAGAUCAAGGAUUUUGGCUUGUCAAGGUAAGUUUUCGUUUUGUUUAUGUCAUUCUUUUAGUUAUAUGCACCGUGGUGUGCUCAUUGCAAGAAAUUAGCGCCAGUUUGGGAGCAUGUUGGACACGCUUUGGCCGAUAAAAACAGUCAAAUCACUGUGGGAAAGGUGGAUUGUACCAGGUUUCAAACAGUAGCACAUAAGCUGAAGGUCAGCGGGUACCCUACAAUUGUAUUGUAAGUUUAGUGACUUAUAUUUAUGUUGUUAUAGGCAAUGGACGUUAAAAAUUACGAGUUAAGCUGAGAAAUUAGUCAAGAACGUGAACAGUAAUAUAAAAAUUAGUUUGUAAAAGUUUCACGAUAUUUUUUGAUUCGAAUCAUAUCACUUAUAUUACACUUGAUGCGUGAUCAGUAUAAUUUUUUAUUUUUUACAGUUUCCGCAACGGAAUUCAAAUUCCAUACGAAGGAGAGCGUUCCAAGGAAGCGUUGGUUGAUUUUGCAUUGAAAAGUGCUGGACCAGUUGUUCAAAACAUUGAUAGUCGAGUACAAUAUGAUGAUGUAAGUCGAAAUUUGUGGAUUUUAAUAUAAAAUUUAGGCAAAACGAACAAAUGAACCUUUCUUGCUGUUUGUCGGAGACGGUGAAGCUUCUGAAUUGUGGACUGAAUACGAAAGAAUUGCUGGUCAGUUGUUCACACAGACGAGGUUCUUCAAGACGGCUCAACUGAAGCAUCUUCCAGCUGAUAUUAAACUGGAACAACGGCCAGCCGUGUUGGUGAUUAAGCGCGGAUAUUAUGUUCAAUACGUUGAAGAUGGUAAUGUUUGUGUUAUUUUUAAAGGAUUUAGAUGAUGAUUGGGUUUUGGUACUGAUUUUGAGUUGUUAUAGCGUUUUCCACCAAAAAAUUUCAGUUUUUGAUAAUAUUCAUACCUUUAACAGCAGUUUUUGACUUCAUCGUACUGUUUCAGAAUCUGAGAGCCUUGAAAAGUUCAUUCGUCGAGAAAGAUGGGCGGAUUUCCCUCACAUAUCAGCUUCCAACAUCCAUGAUAUCAGCGAAGACACCAACAAAAAGCUGGUACUAGCUGUAUUUGAUCAAGUCGAACGAAUUGAUUCAAGGACAGAGUCUGCCAGACUUCAGAAGAUGUUCGAAGAAACGGCUACGAAGGUUCGAAAGGAUUCAGAAUUAUCAUCAGCGUUCCAAUUGGGAUACCUCGAGGGCACGGAGAUUGCUAAUUCGGUGGUUAUGGCCCGGUUGGACAUGCCUAGUAGGUGUAUUUUUUGAAAUUUAAAAAUGAUUUUGUUAGUAACUCGUUUUUAAUUUCAUUUAAACUUUGGUUUAUGCCAUUUCUUUUUAGAUAUGUUCGUUCUCAACCUCAGUAGCUACGAGUUUUACCUCUCUGAUGACAAAAUCAACGAAAGCACGGUGGAUUCUGUGAUGACUUUCUUAAAAACUAUCAAUUCUGGCCAUUCCCAAGCCCUGGGCGGUCGUUCCUGGUCCCAACGUAUAAGACGAAUGCUGUUCGAGCUCGUCACCAACGUAUCCGACAUGUUCUACCACCAACCCAUCCUAACCACCUGUCUGUUCGGUGUACCAAUCGCCUUCUUCAGUAUCAUCACAUACUCGUUAUGUUCGUCGGACUUUUCGGUCGACAGAGAAGAAAUAUACCCGGAUGAUGAAGAUAUUGAUGAUGAAGAAGAACGCAAAUACCACAGGAAUCAGGAAACCGACUUCAGCGAACUCGAGGACGACAGCGACGGCCAUGAGAAGGCGGAUUAA